CAUGGCGCUAGUCGGCAGAGAUUCCCGCCCGCUCUCCCUCCCACAGAUUUCCGCGGGGAGGUUGCCUUGGUAACGGCCCGUCGCUCAGCGCCUGGGAAGGCUGGCUUGGGCCUAGGAUGGCUGCCGCGGCUGGGGCAGCUGUGGCGGCGGCGACUGCAGGGCAAGACGAGGACCCGCCGCUGCCCGGGCCCCCCAUAGGGCGGCGAGCGGUGUGCUCCCGACCCUACUUCGUCGUGCUGAUGGUGUUCGCGCAUCUCUACGUGCUCAACGUGUUGGGCUUGCUACUUUUCGUGCACAUCAGCUCCGACGAUGGAGAUCCCGAGCAGGGCAAAGAGCCUCCUAGCCCCGUUCAGGACUCGCCCGCGUUACCCUUCUCGCCGGGCAGCUCCAGCUCUCAUGCCCUGCCUCGCCUCGAAGGCAUCAAGGUGGGUCAUAAACAGAAGGUAGAUCUGGUCCCUAACAAAGUCCAUUACAUGAAAACUCUUAGUCUGAAACCUCUUCUUUUUGAAAUUCCAGACUUUCUGACUGAGGACGAAUGUAAACUAAUUAUCCAUCUGGCUCAGCUGAAAGGGCUACAGAAAAGCCAGAUCCUGCCCACAGAUGAUUAUGAGGAAGCAAUGGAAAUGAUAGAUAUCAGUCAGAUGGAUAUCUUCAAUCUACUGGACCAUAACCAAGAUGGACAGCUGCAGCUCAAGGAGGUGCUGACACACACCCGUCUAGGAAACGGCAGGUGGAUGACCCCAGAGAGCAUCCGGGAGAUGUAUGCUGCUGUGAAAGCGGAUCCAGAUGGCAAUGGUGUGCUGAGUUUGGAGGAGUUUAAGCAGCUGAACAUCCGGGACUUCCACAAGUAUAUGGGAAGCCAAAAAGUGAAAGUGAGUGACCUAGUGCGGAAUAGUCAGCACACCUGGCUGUAUCAAGGCGAGGGAGCACACCAGGUCAUGCGCUCUAUACAACAAAGGGUGAUGCAUUUAACCCGCCUGCCCCCAGAGAUUGUGGAGCACAGUGAACCCUUGCAAGUGGUGCAGUACAGCCAGGGAGGACACUACCAUGCCCACAUGGACAGUGGACCAGUGUUCCCAGAAACUGCCUGCAGUCACACCAAACUGGUCACCAAUGAAACUGCUCCAUUUGAAACAUCAUGCCGCUAUGUGACAGUGCUUUUCUACCUAAACAACGUGACUGGAGGAGGAGAGACUACCUUUCCUAUUGCUGACAACAGGACCUAUGAAGAGCUGUCUUUGAUCCAGAAUGAUGUCGACCUUCGUGACACUCGUAAACACUGUGAUAAAGGAAACCUUCGUGUAAAACCCCUGCAAGGCACUGCUGUCUUCUGGUACAAUUAUCUGUCUGAUGGAGAAGGCUGGGUUGGAGACCUAGAUGAAUAUUCCUUGCAUGGAGGCUGCUUGGUCACUGAAGGAACUAAGUGGAUUGCCAACAACUGGAUCAAUGUUGAUCCCAACAAGCGACGACAGCUCCAGUUCCAACAGGAGAUGGCUCACUACAUAAACAGCGGGAAUGAGGACCAAAACGAGUGGAUGGUGGACAAAUCCUACAGCGAUGUACAUGUCGAGCUGUAGUGCUUGGAGAUGCCCUUCCUUGACUUGGAAGAAACAUUUUUUUGCACUAGCCAGUUCUAGCCCUGUAAUCUCUUCCCAUUCCCUGUCCCCUCGCAUCCCUGCAGGGUAUACAAGUGGUGCUCCAGCCUUUCAUUUCUGACUAGACUGGGAGAGGCAAGGACUGCCUUGAUAGGUGUGUGGGGUCUGAAGGGUGAACCAGUACUCGGACAAGGGUGAAGGGAAAUGGCAGCAGUUUGCUUUCUUGGGGACGAUCGGCGUUUGCGUCUUUAUUUCAUGGUUGGCUUUACUGAAUGAGGUUUUAUGUCUCCUUAUGGCAUAUACAAAUCAGCUAGCCUUCAGGAUUUUAACUUUUCUUCAUCCUGGACCAUUUGUCCCACUGGAAUGUAGUCCUUUUUGUUCUCCUUUGUAGCUGCACCCUGGUACUUGCCACCUUCUUCUGCCAUCACAAAUCUCCCCUCAAAUGAGCAAGCAAACAUAGGUUGUGUGCCUCAAGAACUCGUUAGUAAUCACAGAGCUUGAUGGUACGAAAGUCCCACAUUAGCAACUAAAAUCC